UCGAUGCACGUCACUGACAGUGUCGCAAAUGAUAUCUUAUAUUGGUACUGAGUGCACAUCACAUGCAUGUACUUCAAGUAGUCGAAUAGUUGUUCAGCCCGCUUGCGUCGUUUCGCCGAAUCCGUUCAGCUGAAUCGAUACGAGGAAUCAUCAUCAGACAUUCAGUCAGUGGGAAUGUGGAACUAGCGCUCGACUAAAUCAAGGUUUUCGGGAACUUGAAUUCGGUGGAAUACGACUAAGGACGAAAAUAUGAUGGCAUCCAAAGAAUCCAGUGGUGAACCAGUGUGCCUCGUGUGCUUAGAGACACACGACACCUUAAAGGUUGUGCCUGUGUGCAAGCAUGUAUUCUGCCAUAGAUGUCUGUCGAAGCACCUUGAGAAGCAGGGACCAUCGAGUGAGAGCUUUCCGUGCCCUACGUGCCAUGUCCAGUCUACGUUGACAGAGGAAGGGAUAGAUGGCUUCAUUGACUACGAUAACUUAAUCGGCGGCGAUGGGACUUUAGGUAAGGAAGCAAAAGGUAGCGCUAGGGGUGGAAUCGAAAAUAGCGGAGAUCCCAAUGCGGAGACGGAUGAAUGUGGAACCUGUCGCUUUACCAAAGGCGUUAUGAUCAAAGCAAGAGCUCUUUGUGAUGAAUGUGGCCAGCUCUACCUCUGUGCCGAAUGCACCAAGAUUCAUGCCAAGAAUUCAGCCACAGCUGGCCAUGUUGUCAAGUCCUUGAAAUCAGUUAAGAAGAAAGUAGGGGAUUUGUGCAAGUCACACAAGAAGCAGGUUACAAGUUUUUGUUGUACUUGUUCAAAACCAUGUUGUCAUUUGUGUGUUUUCCUUGACCACGGAGACCACGAUGUUAAGACGAUUGGUGAUGCCUUCCGCUCACUGGUUGAUGACUUGAACCAGGCCACAAAAGGGCAGGAAAAACGCUCAAGCACCCUGAAGGUGUACGAGAGACAAUUGAAAAUACUACAUACAUCUGAGGUUUCAAAGAGGAGAGAUGUUCUGGUUCACGAGAUAGAAAACCACGCUGAAAAGUGUAUUGAAGAAAUAAUUAGGCAGAAGGAUGAACGGAAGGCCCAGGUCCUUACGAAAUUUAAGUUUGUAACAGAAGUUUCCGAGUGGAUCAAUAAGUUGCCUACGCUACAGUGCCUAGACAAGACUGUUUCAGAAGCGAAACGUGUCUUGUUGGAAGCUGACCCACAUCCUGAUGACUUGAAGACGUUGUCAAGAAUGCUGCAACUGGUCACGGAUGCUAGGAUUGAUGAAGACUUUGAAGAACGUGUGGAUGGCUAUUGGGACACAUACAUAGAUUUGUUAAAUAACCCUCUUCACUUCGCUCCGACCCGCAAUCAAGGUUAUGAUAUAGGAACCAUAACAGUCAAGAAAACUUUCGGAAUCUUAUUAUCAUCGGUAUUAUCGGAUUUUGAAAAGAAACUCACGGUUGACAAUGACACCAAGUUCAUCCCAAGUCUUGCCACCCUUGGUAAUGACCUCUACGCUGUUGCUCACCCAGUUAUUAAAGGCCAACGUUCAAAUGCAAUUGAUAUCUACAAGCUUUCUGGUGAACUCCAACAGACCAUUAGCGACCACGUUCCCCCAUUUUACGACAUGGUUGCAACACCUGCGAGAGAAAUCGCUGUACUUUCUGACGGGGCAAGUGAAGGAACUUGUUCCGUUUCGAUAUUUGAUCCAGAUCCAGAGAUUGGAUUCGUCAGGUCAACAGAAGAUUUCCCUGUGAGUGGCGCUCUUUCUUUUGACAUCGACAUUCGUUAUCGGUACGCUGUCCUUGGCGGUGAUGGGGGAAAGAGAGUCACUCUCUUCAACGAGGAUGGGUCCGAGGUGGCCAGUCACCCGGUCAGUGAGGUCACGGAUGCAAGUAGAAUCAGGUGUAGUGCAAGGAACGUCUUUAUAAUGGGACUGAACAACAUAUCAGUUUAUGAACAGAAGGGGAAAGACCUGAUUAAGAUGACGGAACGUGCUCAAUACGAUUAUAAGGACAUUGCUGUUAAUCAUUUUAAUGACGUUGUCACUGAAGUCUUUAAUCACCCAAAUGGACUGUACGUAGAAUCUUUAAGACUACAAAACAAUCGACUGGACCGCGUGUGUCAAAAAUGCAUUGGAGGUGUAACAUCCAGAGACGCACGACUUUCCGUUGGAGAUGGCUACAUUGUGGUGUCGAAUGGACACACUUUCACGGUGUACAGAGUCUAAGCACUGAACAUGGUUAAGAACAUUGAAUUCAUCCCGGCAUGUAGAAUUGUGAAAGCUUAGUUCAAUGACGCUGUGGUUAUAUCUGACGUUCGGUCCUGGGAUAUUAUCAGUGACGGAGAGAAAUGAUGGUCACUACCUUCAUGCUGCAUAUCAGGACAGCAAUAUUUCCGAUUCAUCCCAUUUCUCAGUGGAUAUUUAGUGGCCUAUUGGAGACGGUGAAAACCAGAGUUUAUUGAGUGACAUUAAAGUUUUUAGAAAAAUGGGUCGGAUGCGUGUUCACAACUUCUGAUUUUUCAGGGGGUCCAGCAAUCUACGAGUAACAGAUGAAGCUACAUUAGUGAGGCUCUGUUAGAAAAUAAUAUUCAGUGUCAGAGGUUGCUACGUGCGCUUAACUCAUUGCUGACGAAAUUGUCACUUAGUAGACUCUGGUUCUCACCACCUCAGUGACUGGACAAUAUCAUCUUGGUGAACUUCAAAACUCGCGUAAGACCAGGGGUCUCUAUAAAGUGAAGUCACCGGGGAGAAAUAUAUACAA